UUCAAAGUCGUUGUAAUGAAAUAUCAACAGGUAUUAUCAUUUAUUGUAUCAUUUAAGCUAUUUUUUUCAAUAAAAGAAAAUAUUAAAUUAUUGGUGAAAAAAAAUGAAACUUCAGAUGAUUCGUUUCCCAGUGAUCUUUUCACUAUUGAACAACGUAAGAAAGGUGCAAUAAUUUUACAUUUUUGUGGCUUAAUUUAUAUGUUCAUUGCACUUUCGAUUGUUUGCGAUGAAUAUUUUGUUCCGUCAUUAAGUGUUCUUACUGAAAGGUUAAUGAUAUCAGAUGAUGUAGCUGGUGCAACAUUUAUGGCAGCAGGUGGAUCUGCACCCGAAUUUUUUACGAGCGUUUUUGGCUUAUUUUUAACUCACAAUAAUGUUGGCGUCGGUACCAUCGUUGGUAGUGCGACAUUCAAUAUUUUAUGUGUUCUUUCAUGCUGCGCUUUAUUCUCACGCGAAAUGUUGCAACUAACAUGGUGGCCUUUAUUUAGAGAUGUAUUUUUUUAUAUGUUUGCCUUAUUAUUUUUGGUAUUCUUUUUUUUUGAUGAAAUAAUCGAAUGGCACGAAGCUUUAACAAUGUUUCUAAUUUAUAUUUUAUAUGCUGUAGCUAUGAAAUAUAAUAAUCAUCUCGAAAAAAUGUUUAAAUACAAAUUGCUACACCAGUCACGAGUUCGAAUUUUUCCAACUAAUAAUAAAUUGGAUAAAGAAAUAAUUCAUUUUCAAUCAACAUCGAGGCGUAGAAAUUCAGAACGGCGUAAAUCUAUACCAGUGCUUCAUUCAGGUGCACUUUUUCGCGGAGGAAUAUCGUCAUUCGUACAACAAAAUGAUGCUGAUAACGAAUAUUUAUCAAAAAAUCGAAAAAAUUUUUCUGUAUUUAAACAUAUUUAUCGAAUUUUUUUUUUUAAUUCUAAUGAAAAACCAGUUGACAUAUCUUGGCCAAAUACGAUUAAAUCUCGAAUAGUAUAUUUAAUUGUUGCACCUAUCAUUAUUCCAUUAUAUUUUACUCUAGCUGAUACUAAGAAGCCUGAAUCAAAAAAAUAUUAUAUAUGGACAUUCAUUGGCUCAAUAUUAUGGAUUGCAUUUUUUUCAUAUUUAAUGGUUUGGUGGGCUAAAAUAAUAGGAGAAACACUUGGAAUAAAUAAUGAGAUUAUGGGUUUAACGAUACUCGCAGCUGGAACAAGUAUACCGGAUCUCAUCACCAGUGUGAUUGUUGCACGAAAGGGUUUGGGAGAUAUGGCCGUAUCAAGUUCCAUUGGGAGCAAUCUUUUCGAUAUAUGCGUUGGAUUACCUAUUCCAUGGCUAUUGCAUUUUAUAAUCCACGGUCUAUCACAUAUGUCAUUGGUACCCGUAUCUGUGUCAUCAAAAGGAUUGAUAUGUUCCGUCGGAAUGUUGUUUAUAAUGCUAUUUGUUCUAAUUAUAGCAAUAGCUAUAUCUGGUUGGCGUAUGAAUAAGUUAUUUGGUAUUAUUAUGAUUGUAUCCUAUAUUCUAUUGUGUCUUUUCAGCAUAUUUUUAGAAAUGAAUAUUAUACGUUGCCCAUUACGUAUAGAAAAUUCAUGUUGA